CCCAUCCAGUGUUCUGGCUGUGUGUCUGUGUGUGUCGCUCCGUGUGUGCAAGAAUGAGUAUCCAUCGCUGUUGGAACCAUGGUGGUUGAUCGACAACUGUUGUGUACCUCGGAGCGAGCUGCCCUUCUCGAGUAGAAAGUCUCGUUUCAUAAUAUCUUGUUUGCCAUCAAACCGUCAACUUCGCUUGAGCCAUUCCGUCGAACCGAAGGUUCAUCGUUAUAUUAUUAAUAUUAGUUGGUUCGGAAUUCUUGUGGACUGUGUGGAUGGUGGCUACCAGGAUCUAGUUCUAAUAAUAUACCUGCAGGUUGUUAAUAUUGUGCAUGUUGUUAGACUCACCGAAUAAUUCUCGUUACCGUACCUGAAGUAAAAUACCCAGUAGCAGAUACACGGCAGAAAUAGUAACAUUAACUCACAGUGACUAUUUCUGAGUCCAGAAAGAGGCUCUAGGGAUUACUGUGUGUAUGCCAUUGGGACCAAAGUAAGUCUCUGACUAUCAGUAUUCGUGAACUUGUAUGGAGACCAACAGUGCUAAAUUCGACAUACAAUUCCCAUGACCUAUAAUGCGCAGACUUGCAACGCAUAAGUACCGUUUCCCUUUCUUGUGAGUCCCCUCUAAUUCUGUUGCCGUACAAUCACUGGUGAGACUUCUCACAUGUGACAGGAAGCAGGUAAUGUCGAUCAUUACCAUCACCAACGUGAGUUUACCUCAGCUUCUCGUAAGAACCUUUAUUUCUCUCGACCCUGGUCGUCACUACUGACUGUCUUCUUCCUGAACAAGGCCCAAUAAUCGUACUCAAACGUAAAUCUUUCACCGCCCGUCAGUACUGAAGUGGCUUUCUUCAACCUGCUAAAGGAAGCUCAGCCGCCUGUUGUUUUGGACUCACGUGACGUCAUCAGAUACGCCAUCAGAGACUGUGCGCUUCUCAAGCAAUGUAUUUUUGCUGAAAGUGACGAACAGCUGGCCCUCAAACCUCCUCUUACUGGGUGCUCGCCUGCCCUUUCAGACGUUCAUAUUAUGAAAUAGAUUGAAUGUGGCGGACUGAUUUCUCCUGUUCGACCGUUGUGCUCAGGAGCAAGGUGUUUUAGCCCUCUCGCGCGGAUCAGAUCUUUUACUUACUUCUCUGAAGUGUACAGUUCUCAACCCUAUGCUCAGACCUCACUGUGUUCCACCAGUUCAAACAGUUGAAUCAGCAAACUGUCAAACCUCAUGCAGUUGUGAGCGCCGUAAAACACUUACCAGAACAAACAGACUGUCAAAUAAACUGUCAGGCGAGUAGAGGGGGGCGUAGAUCGCCAACAUCCAGCUUCAAGGUGGAUCUCCACCAGUUCCUCGAAGGAAGCCUCGCCUCCUCCUACGACGCAGGCCCGUCCGCCGCUGUGUGCAACGCCACCAUGGCCGAGGAGACCAUCUACCUGUGCAAAUUCCGCGUGUCCGUGGACGGAGACUGGCUGUGCCUUAAGGAGCUGGCCGACGUGCACCUGGAGAUGGAGGAGGAGCCCAUGGCGGAUCAGGAGGUGGAGGAGGAUGGACGAGACCCAAAGACGAUUGAGCGAGCCAACCUGAUGAAUGUGUCCAAACUGCUGAUCAAAGAACUCAUCGACUCCUCCCUUGCCCAUGGCCGCAUGUUGGACGACGACUACAUUCCCCUGCAGCAGUUCUUUAUCGUGCUGGAGCAUGUCUUGAGACACGGCCUCAAACCCAAGAAAGGUAUCCUGAGUUCCAAGAAGGAGUUCUGGUGGGUGCUGGAGACUGUGGAGAAGAUAGCUCCUGAGGCCGCCGAGAUUACCACCAGUGUGAGGGAAAUGCCAAACAUCAGAACUCCAUUAGGUCGGGCCAGAGCGUGGUUGAGACUGGCCCUCAUGCAAAAAUCUUUGGCUGACUAUUUCAAGCUGAUGAUUGAACAAAAAGACAGACUGCUACAAGAUUUCUAUGAACCUGGGGCUUUCAUGUUGGAGGAAGAGGGUGUUGUGAUAGCUGGUCUCCUGGUGGGGCUCAAUGUUCUCGACUGCAACAUGUGUAUCAAGGGAGAAGACUUGGACCAGCCGAUGGGAGUUAUUGACUUCAGCCUUUAUAUGAAAGAUGGCAAAUACAGUGAUUCUACAGAUGAUGAUAAUGGUGAAGGAAACUCCAAAAUGGCUACAAUUCUCGAUCAGAAAAACUACCUUGAGGAAUUAAAUAGACAUUUGAACGCCACAGUGGCCAACUUACAGCAGAAGCUGGAGCAGGUCCAGGCAGACAACUGCCUGAUGAAGGAGGACCUGGCCAUCUCCAAGAACAGCAUCCUCACGCUGCAGGCCGAGGUGGACGAGCUCUCCAGUGAGAAGGAGAACGUCACCACGGGAUACCAGAAACAGAUGGAGGCGGCCAAGCAAGAUAUUGACGCAGAGAGAGCCACGUACAUUACUUCAAGAGCUGGGCUGGACACAAUGUAUGCAGACGUAAAGAAGCAGCUGGAAGAUGAAACAAAGCUCAGACUUGAUGUAGAGAAGGAGCUUGAGCUGCAGAUCGGCAUGAAGACAGAGAUGGAGAUGGCGCUGCGGCUGCUGGAGAAGGACAUCCACGAAAAGCAGGACACGGUCAUCGGGCUGCGCAAACAGCUGGAUGACAUCAAGGCUAUCAACCUAGAGCUCUACAACAAACUGCAGGCUUGCGAGAGCACUGUGAAGCACAAGACAGAAAUGGUGACCAAACUGGAGGAGAAAACCAACCAGCUGGUGGGAGCUAUGAAGGAAAUGGAGCAGAGACUGAAGCAGUCCGCCUCAGACAAAGUGGCCGCUGAGGAGACGGCCCGAAAGUUGGGCCAGAUCAUCGCAGAAAAGGAUCAGAAGAGGUCAGCCCUGGAGACAAGCCUGCAGAUCGAACGGGACACCAGGGGCCGCGUGCAGUCCGACCUGGAGCAGGAGAGAGAGAAACUGGCACAGACCCAGCUGGAGGUGGCUCAGCUCAAAGACCUCAAGAGAGACUACUCGGAACUGAUAGGGAGGCACGAGGAGCUACAGGCCCAGUGUACGGAGCAGGAGAGUGCGCUGGCGGAGCUGGGCUCUCAUCUAAGCGAGUCGAAACUGAAGGUUGAGGACAUGCGUGAAGCGAGCGCCUUACAGCGAGAGGCGCACUGGGCCAGUGAUGAGACGGCCACUCACUGCAAGCAAUGUUCUAAGGAGUUCUCUCUGGCACGCAGAAAGCACCACUGUCGUAACUGUGGAGACAUCUACUGCUCAGAGUGCUCCGACAAUAAGAUGCCUUUGCCGUCUUCUUCCAAGCCUGUGCGUGUGUGUGACACGUGCAAUGAGCAACUUCUGCAUCGGUAUUCAGCCACCUCGUGAUAGGAACUACUGCUGUCGGCUGCACUCUACCCUUUAGUUGUUUUUUUUUGGGGGGGGGGGUUUGUCUCGUAAGUUUUUCAGCAUACCUACAGGGGUAUAAGAAAAGAAUGAGCAUAAAAGUUAUAUUUGUUUUGACGAACAUAUGUUCUGAAUAAAUAAACCGUCUUUUAGAUUUGAACCGAUGUGCAUAAAUACAAUAACGACCAAUUACUGUUAGAAGUAAACAACUUACAGAAACAACAGGUGGAUAAGGAAAAAAUACUACCUGCUAUUCUAGCUUGACAAGACCCGUAUAUUGAAAAGAUUUUGAAAGUCAAUGAAUUCUGAUAUGAAUUUGUUUACCGCUCAGAAUUUGUCAUGUAGAGGUGCUCUUUCCUUUAAGUGGUACUCUGAACUUGCAGCCCUAUUUUGUUAUAUUUGCCACUACUUUGGAUUUUUCCUUGUAGGAAAGAUUUUGUAUUGCAAAAAGCAAUGUUAUUAUUUUACUGCAUGUCUCCUAAAGAUAAACCCUGGUUUUGUUUCCUUGUUAAACAAAUGUCUCAACUUUUUUUGCUACAAAAUAAAUUUUUGGACAGAUCAAGAUUAGGUCGAUAAAAAUGCUGCUAUAUGAAAGCAUGCAAAUUUGGGUGAUUUACCUGUAUGUAUAAGAUAAUACUAAGAAUUCAGCAUUCUGAUCAGUAGUAAAUUGGGAAAAGUUUUUGGCGAUCCUAUUGAUUAGAAAGAAAUCUUUUUUUUUUUAUUUCCACUUUUUUAUUUUUUAUUAUGGGGUUUUUUUGGUAAGUUUUUUUUUUUAAUGUACCAUCUCUUAUUUUUACAUAUUGUCAGUUCUGAGAAGGACAAAAAUUUCAGCCCUGUGGUGAUACCCCCAUAGUUGCAAAAGUUUACCAGCCUUUAAUACCAUGUAGCAUCCUGUACUCAUGUACCCAUACUUAAAAGGGUUAUGGUAUCAUAUUUAAGCAUUCAAGAACCAAUGCGUACUUUUUAUACAUGGUAAAUAUUUGUAAUUUGCAUCGAUGUCGCAGUAAGAUGUCUGUGUGUGCCGCGUAUCGCAUGCUCUUGCCAUGUGCAUCCACUAAAUAUACCACACCUCUCUUGGGGUUCGCAUUAUACUUUCAUUUAUCUUCACCUCCAAUCAGCAAUAUACCAAUAUAUAAUAUAUUCAAGUAAGUUGAAAUUCAAGUUGCAUUAGUUGUUUUGCCAUUGGAGCAUGACCUUCUUUGUGUGAGAUUUGUGGAAAGUGUCAAGUUCUUAUUACCACUCAAUGGUCCCAUGCUUAUUUGGAAGGGCUGAUGUCAUACAUUAACACUUUCUACUGACUGUACUUUCUCAAAACCUCAGAAUUAUGGUAUUAUAGAUUGUUAUAUUAUAUCAUGUGAAAUGUCAUUAUCUAUAGCUGAAAAUUGUUGAGUAAGUGAAAGUUUGAUCCAAUGUUCUGCGAAAAAGUUUAUUUGUUGCAUUUUUAAAAAAUUUCUUAGUUUAGAAUCGUUGUAUCGUACACUUGCUAUAUUUUGUUUGAUUAUGUAACUUGUUAAUAAGAAUUAUUUUUUGAGACUGAAGAGAAUAUGAUUUUCUUUGAUUUGCUUUCAAAAGGUGGCAAAAAAGUUGUUUGUCUCCACUGUCAUAGUUGCUGCCUCCUUCUGGCCUUAAGAUAGAUUUAUUGGGGGGGGGGGGUUCUGGUUUGCUACACAGAGACACUAAGGUACAGUAAUGGUUUCUAUCUUUUUCUCCCAGCAUUUCGUUAUUGCAUUUGUUAUAGCUGAAAAGGUUACCAUCAUUGUUUACUUUUUUGGGGGGGGCCUUCUUGUGCAUAUAUCACUUCUUUGUUUUUGUGAGAAAUAUUACAUUUUCAACUGAAUCUGUUCUAAAUUUUUCUUUAUUUCUUUUUUCUUUGGGAGAGGGGGGGAAGGGGGCGCCUUUGAGUCUGAAGUUUGAGUUCAAAGUCAUUUUUAAGAUACAUAGAAUUAAGAACAUUCCACUUCUGUAUCUUUUUUUAGCCCCAAUGUCAUACACCCUUAUUGUAUUUGACUGUCAUGUCCAUUUUCUUUCUUUAUUUUAUGUAAUCAAUUUUGUUUUUAUCCCUCAAGACACACAUGAGUGCUCAGAUGUACAUUUGCAAUACCCAAAUACUCACCUCCAUGCUGUUUGAUCAGUUCCUUGUUCAGAUAGGACAUCAGGGUUGCUGUUUUAUCUAUCACUUACAUAAUUUUUUAGUCGCUUUUUUCUUUUGUAUUUCCUCCCAUGAAUAGUCUGUUAUUCUAUUUAUUCCUCUCUUUGUGUUCCAUUUUAAGCAUCAUUUGUCUGAUUUCUCUGGUAAAUUUGAAAUGGUUUGAUUUUCAGUUUUUGAAUUUAUCAUGUACUGAUAAGGCUGUACAUCUUCCUAGCAAAGGACAAGACUUUGAUUUUCCCCUAGAGAAGAAACUUUGCUGAGUUGUUUACAUCAUUCUGCAGGGUUAAAUGCAACACAACUCUGGUCAGCCUUAACACACACAGGGUUAAAGCAGGCCUUUUACUUUUCCUAUCCUGCGGCCUUUUGAGUUCUAGCCCUUCGGCCUGGUGCAGCCGGCCGUUUCAGUUUGAUCUUAGUUGUUUUGAAGAGGUUUAGAUUUUUUUCCAAAAACUUACAGUUUAUUUUCCUGCUGUUCAUGUGAAAGUCCCAUAAAUAUGCGACAUCAUUUAGUAACGUAACAUGCUGUCACUGUGACUAUGAGACACUCCAUUCUCUUUUUUUUUUUUUUAGAAUUGUUAUGGAAAUUAACUUUUGAAAUUAAGGUUUUAUGUUGUUGGGAAUAUUUUUUUUUAGUUUCUAUGGAGCUAUUUCUUGAGCACACACUUGGAUGGCGCUAAUAACAAAGAUCAAAGAUCUCAUCUCUAACAAGUAACAAAACAUAGUUGUGUUGGUCUUUAUCUCUCUCAUAGUUUGAUGAGUUUAAUGGAAAUGUUAACACAGUUCUGUUUGUGUUCCUCACGUGUGUAUUAAAUACUUCCUGUCUUGAAAAAAAAAGACAGAUAUGGUUAUUUGUUUGGUUAUAGAAUUAAUGUGUCAUUAUUUUUGUCAGCCGUUACUUUUAGAUUCAGCAGGAAAAUUGUUUGUGGAAACAUGCGGAAUGAGCACAGUUGUUGCCAUCUUUGCUGGUUGAUUCCAGUUUUUGUAUAAAUAAACAUGUGCAAAGUCAGAGGCUUAAUCUUAGACCUGUUAAUGACUUGUAGUUGGUUUUUACUUUGAUUUAUUCCUGUGCACGGGAGCUUAGCGGUUAGGCUACAGGACUCGUAAUCGUGAGACUGCGAGUUUGGGGGUUCGAGCCUCAGCUCGGUUCGACAUUGUUUCCUUGGGAAAGGCACUUUUCACGAAUUUCCCACUUACCUUUGUCCUUUCGGAGAUGGGUGUUUAACUCAGAGGUUCCGCCUCAUAAAUAAUCAUAACAGUGUUGAUAGGGGCAUUAUAUCUAAACCAUUUCACCAUUGUCACAGCUCAGGAGCACAGUGUUGUUGUGAGGAAACUGGCUUUUCUCCUACGCCAGGUUUCCACUAGUCUGGGCUAGACGUCGGUACAAGAGCAUAAUGGCUUAAAUUGUCACUUUGUCGGGCUAAGCAUGUCAUUUGUAUUGUCUUACCUCACAAAAUCUCUGUUAAGUUAGUUUUCUGCCGCAGCCAGAGACAACAGUCUGUUUUAAAAAUUGAGGAUUAUGUAUGAGAAUCGGCAAUCGUGAUCACAAUGACUUAAUUUUCAAUGGGUCUGUACCUUCCCAUCUCGGCUGAUUGGACUUGUAAUCAAACACAUGGCUGUGAUUUCUGUUGACUUCUGUAUGUUGCCACAGUCUGUUGCCCUUUCAACUUGUAUACAUGUUGCCAUAUAGAUGUUCUUUUCUCUUCAGGAGCUUGUCACGCUAACAAUAUUGUGAGUCAUGUGAAUGGCUCUGCUUCAAUUUCCAUGUUACGGUCAAAGUGACAAGACAGCGGUGUUCAGUUGAUUGUUUUAUAGUGUUUAGUAAACAAAAUGUGUCAUUUCUAAAUGCAGCCUUGAGAAUGUGUUCAGUCAGCUCCGCAAAUGGAUUCGCCUCUCAGCUAACCUAUAGCCUCAGACAAGGACGUUUGUAGACUGACAUUUUGUGGCAUAGUACAUAUUUGUUGUAUUAAAAUGUGCACAUGGGCAGUUUAUGAUUUGUUCAUCAUUGCAGGUGAAAUUCUCUUUUUCUGUGUUUGGUUUCAUCCUGUUUCAAAGGAACCAAGCUGUAGCGGCCGGAGCAGUCAUUGUUUUAUUACCUUUUGCUGUAUUUCUAGACCUGCUGGUCACUGUGGUGUAACUGGUUAUCAAUUCAGCUAGAUCUAGCUUACAGCAGUCCUAAGUUCAAAUCCAAGAAGGGUUUGAAAUGUAAGCCUAUUGCCUUUUUUUGGGGUAAUAUUUUUCUUCUCAACCAGCUAUCCUCAUGGGGGACCAAGUCCUUUGCCUUUGGAAUGACCUACUUUGUGUCUUCCUAAGCAUUGAACUUCAAUGAAAACAAAGGAAUUUUUGUGACAUUUCCUAAAUCAUUGUUGCUUUUUGGCAGGGUUUGUUUGUACACUCUGUACCUGCAUCCCUAACCGAUGUUUGCGAAAACUGUAUGAUCACCUUUCUGCAGAAUGAUGAUGAUUAGAAAUAGACAAUGAAUAUUUUCUUCAUGUUCAGAUAUUCAUUUAUUGUGUUGUCAGGUACAAUUUUUUCAAGUGAUAUUCUUUCAGUUGUUGAGGAUGAUGGCUAAAACCACUUUUCAUCUUUAGGUGAGGAAUGAACUGUUUUCAUGAAAUUUUUUCCUUCUCUGAUGUCAUCCGCAUGACCUACUGUCAGUUUUUCCUGUAUCUUUUCCACUGUUGGUCAUUCUAGCAGAUGACAUUGGAUGUUUAUGAUAAUUGGGAGAAUCAUCAGUGUUUACUUUAACACUAUAUCCUGCACAUUCGUCAAACUAGUAGAAGUAUAGAAUACAUUUCAUUUGCCAUAGCCUAUCAAUGAAUUGAUCAGCAGCAAUAUGUGCUUUGCCUACUGAUGUCUCUGUAAGGUUUCUUUGAGAAACUUGAAUUGUUUUAUGCUUCAGUCACUUGCAGAAAUUUUAGAAGAUUGUACUUUCACCUACAAUAUUCGCAAUCUGUUUCCGUAUUUUGUCAGGCUUCUACUGUAUGUGUCUCUUCCUCACAAUGCAGUCACUGAUUUGUGGAUUCAGAAGGAUCCUAAUGUUGCUGUUGAUCAUUUGAGAUGUAUUUUUGGUCCUGCUUGUAUUUUGUUGCAAGUUAGAAAUGUUAACAGAGUUUUCUUUUUCAUUCAAAAUCUUGACCUCGGUGGGUCUCUUUGUUCUGAGGCUUGCAUCUGUGGUGUAGCAGUUCGGUUCUGCUGGGAUGUCGUAUCCCCCUCAACCCGGGUUGGCCCUGACAGGCAGGAUCGAAGCUCACCUCCUGAAUUAUCUAAAUUGUGUCAAUAUGGAAAAAAAUCAUGUACACUUGAAUUAAUCAGUAUUUUAUUUUUACAUAGCAGAAGCAUUUUGACUUCAGUAUAAAUAUGAUUUGGCCUGCAUUAAUAACAAGUAUCUUCAGCGAUUGAAAACUUAAAUAAGAUUCAUACGUCUUUUUUAUUAUAUUGAUAUUAAUUGAUUGCGUUGCAAAUUGCUAUUAAACAUUAAUUCUUAUCGAGAAAUUUCAUUAAGGUAAGAUUAUUUCAAACUUUUCUGUCUCCAUUGAAGCUGGAAAAGUUUUUUAUAACCGUUGUCUUGCAGCACUAAAGGUAGCCUACUUUCUUAAAAUUGAUUUUGAUCUGUUCUCAUGAGUUCUGCAUCUAUAUAUAAUAUUUUCAUAGGUAAUGUCUUUAUUUUAAUUUCUGGAAUGACCCUGAAUUUUUUAUUGUUGGCAAUGCUCAUCUAAUACUUCGUCUUUGAAGAUUUUUUUUUUGUGUGCAUUUCAUUUCUUUUAGUGAGUGUCUUCAUGAAGUUUCUGGAACUGCAAUGUCUUAAUCUCUGUAUUUUUGCAAGCUUGGCCAGCUGUCAGAAAAGUUGGAAAGUCAUGUAUAUAGAUAUGUUGGUCCUUGUCCUGAACAUAAAAUUAAAACUUUUGCAAAUAACAGCA